UAUGUUGCAUGUGUUGUGUGCAUAGUGCAUCGAACGUUUGAAUAAACUCGAAAGGAUUUAUAAUAAAUAUUACAAAAAUGGAGAAGGAAUCUCGUAAUGUUUGUUUACCCUUAUCGGUAAAUUUAACAAAAAGUGUUACAACCGAUGAAAAUAAUGAAAAAUUUAUCUUAACCUUCUUACAAAACUUAUUACCUCCCGCGGAUAGAAAAAAUAUUGCAGACGAAUUGAGAAAGAAUUACAUAUUUAGCAAAAUUAAAUCUAAAACGAAGAAAAAUAUUAAAUUGAGAAAAAAAUAUUUAACCUCGAGGAAACGAAUAGCACUUGGAUUGGGUAAAAUUAUUAAUAAAAGGGGUUUCAAAUAUACAGAUUUAUUGCCGCUUCAUGAAUUAUGGUUGAAAUAUAUACAGAGUGCUUUGGGUGAUAAUUUUUCUUUCAAUGCGUCUUAUAAACCAACCGAUAACAAUUGGGAGACAAUUAAUAAUCAAUUAAUAAAAGCUGACUUUCAUGGUGCUAAAAUUGCGGUAGUUAAAUCUAAAUGUCCUAGUUUGAUCGGUAUUAAUGGUAUUAUCGUGCAAGAUACUAAGAAUACUUUCAGAGUAUGCUGUACAGAUGAUAUCAUUCGCACAUUACCAAAGGAAUCUAUAGUAAUAAAUCUUUACUUACAUAAACUAACGCUGCAAAUAUAUGGAAAACAGUUGUCCGUAAGACCUAUUGAAAGAACAGUUAAAAAAUUUAAAAACGCAUAUACCUUGACAUUAUAA